UUGCGGAACUCCCACGAAAUGGAACGUUGCGCAUCUUCGGGUUCCAUUCCUUUUCUCGCCGCGUUCCACGGCAUGCCGAGCGCGUGAAUAGAGCGCGUGGAGUUCUGCGGGCCGGGUCUCCCAUCCGUUGGCUCUGGAGGGCCCUGCUUCGGUUCGAUCUGUGGCCCUUCUUUCGCGGCUGUAACAACCAGGCCGCCUCCGAAAAACUGCAGAUGAACGAGCCACUUUGUGCCGCAGCAUCCGACCAGGAAGCCCGUGCUUCGUAAACGUGAGCGAGGCGGCCUCCAUCAAGGGAAUACGGUGAAGUUGUCGCCCAUCUGCAGACGUGACCGAAAGCAGGGCUUCUGGAUCCAGCUUUCGCUUUUGGGUGAUGGAAGAGCCACUCCCUGGGCUGCCACCGCCUACCUCUCGUGGUCUCGGGAUUUAUUAUGUACAAGCUGAUUCAGAAGACUGGCAUGCCGAAAGGGAAGGCGAGGGAUUGAUGUGAUGCAAUGCAACGUUCUUGGUACCAUCCUUGUUGUUCCAGAGUUUUGUAUUUCCCUGGCUUUUCCUCCUUUCCUCGGGCCAUUGAUGUCAUUUUUCCUCCCCACCACGAUGACAACUGGUUGUUUUUGCACUGCCCGGAUAGUUCUUUCUAAUAUCAGAGUCCUGAGUGGGAGGAAGCCUUUGUGUUUCUUAAGGAGUUCAGGUAGAAAGCCAGUCACAGUCUCCUCUAAGAAUGUUGGAAGAGGGUUCCGGUGGAACAGCGUUGCCAAGAUUACUUUAGUGUGCUGGGGGGUUGGAGGAUUGCCUCAGGAUGGGAGCUGUGAAGCGGAGUCCAGCAAAGACGCCCAAAGAAGGGUGAAUGUUCUUCUGAACAAAGCAGAGUUCCUCCACCAUGUUGGGCUAGUUUUUUCUGUUAUGAUCCGUACCUGUGUCCUGUUGCUGAAAUUUGGGCCUUUUCUUUUCUUUUACCCUUUCACUUACUUCUCCCCAACUUUGGCAUCCCUCUGGGUCCAUCUUCUGUUGCGAGUCACGGAAUCCUCUGGUCCUACUUUCAUCAAACUGGGUCAGUGGGCCAGCACCAGGCGAGACCUAUUUUCGGAAGAGUUCUGUGUCAAAUUCUCCAAGCUUCACAUCAAGGUGAUUCCUCACCCUUGGGAUUACACGAAACGGUCUUUGGAGAAAGCAUUUGGAGACGGCUGGGAGAAGGUCUUCACCUUGGAAAGCCGGGAGCCUGUUGGGGCUGGCUGCGUUGCCCAGGUUUAUAAAGCUUACGUGGACAUCUCUGCUCUUGGACAGUCGACACUGAAAGAACUUUCAAAGAACUCUGGGUUGGAUUCUGCUUUGGAGGCCUGGCAAGUCUUUGGUCUUAAGGGACUCGUGAGGUGGCUGUGGCGGAGGAAGCAUGAUGAUGCUUCAGCAAUAUAUGGUGGCCAUUGGUCUGUUUGCAAAAAUAGUUUCUGUGGAGGCAUUAAUCCGAACUCAGGUUUUGGAUAUCCUAGCACACACUUAUCUUCUCCCAAGAGGGAUUGCCUUCUUCCAGUGGCCAUUAAGGUUCUGCAUCCUGGAUUAGUUCGACAAGUACAAAUGGAUCUGUUUCUCAUGAAGAUUGGCAGUCGGUUGAUCGAGCUUUUCCCGGGGGUCAAGUGGCUUAGCCUAACAGAGAUUGUGGAGGAGUUUGAGAAACUCAUGAUUCAGCAGAUUGACCUGCGCUAUGAAGCAAGAAAUCUGGAACACUUCCGUCUUAACUUUCAAGAUGUGGAUUAUGUGAAGUUCCCCAUUCCUCUCCACCCUUAUGUGACAAGAAACAUCCUAGUAGAAACAUUUGAGGAAAGCAAGCCCAUGUCCCAGUAUUUGCAUACAGAGACCACAAUGGAGCUGCAACGAAAAUUAGCCAAGAUGGGUAUAGACAUGAUCCUCAAGAUGGUAUUUGUGGAUAACUUUGUCCAUGCUGAUCUGCACCCUGGGAAUAUCUUGGUUCAGGGAGCAGAGUGCUUCAAUGACUACCACGAGGAUCGAGCUGUUAUGGUGGAUCUUUUGGACACACUUGUUCUGGAGGUGGCGCCUUCUCCCUCCCCGCUCCGGCUGGUGCUUCUGGAUGCAGGAAUUGUAGCAGAACUGCAGGAUGUUGACCUUGAGAACUUCAAAGCAGUCUUCACUGCUGUGGUGUUAGGGCAGGGGGAGAGAGUGGCAGAGUUAAUCCUUCAUCACUCCAGAGCGAACCAGUGCAAGGAUGUAGAGAGAUUCAAAGCUGAUAUGGCUGAGCUGGUGACAAAGGCUAGGAGCAACACUAUAGCGUUGGGAAAGUUCCAAGUUGCGAGCCUACUGUCCAGUGCUUUCCAGUUACUGAUGGCCCAUCAGGUAAAACUGGAGAGCAACUUUGCCUCAGUUGUCUUUGCCAUUAUGGUCUUGGAAGGCCUUGGUCGCUCCCUGGAUCCUGAGCUAGAUAUUCUGAAAGCAGCUAAACCUCUUCUCAUCAAACCUCCAGGUUUUCCUCUAUGGAAGGAAUAGUCAGCGGCACAGCCAGCUUUGAGAUGGUGGUGAUAGGCAAGAGCCAGAGCUUGAAAAAAUUAGUUUUUUGGUCCAAAAAAAUCUAUUUUUUAGCACCCCCAGCGGGCAGACUGGCUAACGGAACAGUCUUGGGAAACUGUGCUCUGCAAAAACCUUAUGGUCUGAUUUGAAGCCCCUGGUUCUUUGGCUGCUUCCCCGCCCCCCUGCCCCAUCUUCUCUUUUUGCCUGGCAAUCUUGCAGUAUGACUGGGACAACAAAACAUCACCACUCCUGUAAAAGGAAGCUCCACUGCUGGCCUAGCAAGGUUGCGGGAAUGUCUGCUCCAUUGGAAGUAUUUCUUCAAAUAUCAAAGUGGUAGCAAACUGAAUGAAUCGGAUGUUUCCUUUUGGAGAGAGCUUGGACAAAGUGGCCUCCAGGGUGAUGGGAAGCCUUCAGGGUUUUCAUUGUUUCCGGCCCAUCUCAAAGUCAACAGCCGAUGUGUUCGACCUACCAGUCCGACUCUCACACUUGGAUAAAUACUUCAAAUUAAAAUGGUGUGUGCUUCCUUCACUCCAUCAUACUGUGUCCUACUCACACUAUGUGGAGGUCAUCAGUUUCCUUCCUCAAUCCCAUGGUGUGAAGCCCUGGACCUGCACCCUGUGGUCCUGCAGUAAUAGUACUGAUGGCAGUAGUUGCAGAAACUGCCAUUGUGUCACCUGCUGUUGUGGCUUCCAAUGAUUACAUCCAAAAACUGAGGACAUCUUUAUGUCAAGACAGGCAGUGUCCAAAUGCUAAAGGUCUUUCCAUUUGGAUCCUGAAGUUGAGGGAAUGCUGUUCUCCUGAACUUCAGAGUAAUGUCUUCAGCACCAAAGGAAUAUUUACCAGUACAGUGGACCCUCUACUUACAGAAUUAAUCUGUACUGGAAUGGUGGCUGCAGGUCGAAAAGUCUGUAGGU